AUGGCACGGCGAAAUUCAUAUGAAACUCUAAACGUAUUCACCCACUGGUGUGUCCGUUGUCUUGGUUUGCUAACGGCUACAGUAGCUAGCUGUAUAUAUAUUUUUUUAUCCGUAAACAACAAUAACAUAUCAUCAAAAUAUGGAAGGCCGUGGCUACAGUUCAGGAGGAUACUCGAGUUGGGGAGCGGUGGAGGAGGGUCGGGGAGCCGAGGCUCAGACAACUAUGACCCGUAUGGAGGGGCUACAAGGACUCCAUGUCAGGGAUGGGGGCUACGGAGGAGGCACAAGAGGGGUCUCUCUGGGAGCUCUCUGUUGGCGACGGGGACCAGUGCAGACGCUGUCAGCAAGAUCAACCAACGCCUUGACAUGCUGACCCAGCGAGGAGGCAUGAAAGGCGGGGGGCGCAGCGACAGGUUUGACCAAUACGAGUCCUUCGACUCRCGGGGCCCCUCCCUCCCCUCCCGGGAUCUCUACAGAUCYGGUAGCUAUGGUUACGGCGAUGGCCGAGGGGACAUGACCCAAAGAGCUUCAGGCUUCGGAGGAGGUGGUGGUCUAAGCUCAGGCUUUGACAGCUCCUCCUCCUACGGAGCUGCUAAGAUGCAGCGGCAGAACAUGAGAGACUCCUUCUCCAGUGGCCAAGGAGGAGGAAGCUGGGCCGGAGCAGGCCAGCGCUCCCCGAGAAGGGGGGGAGGCCGCGGAGGGUUUGGAGGCCGCAGAUCCGACCCCACUCCCAUGGGUGGAGGUGGUGGUAGGAUGGGUGGAAGAGGAGGAGGCCGGGGAGGUGGCGGUCACUCCCCUGGGGGUAGGGGCAAGCUCCCAUCCCUCCUGGGCCACCGCAUGCCCCCCCAGACCGGGGCCUUCCACCAGUCCGCUCAACAGGGCCGGGUCCCUGKGCACCAGGACUUCCCAGGGCGCCACUUUGGAGGGGGCCCCCAGGGAGGCCACCAGCGCGGGCGCAAGAGGCCCCUCAACCGACAGCAGCCUGGUGGUGGUCAGCGUGAUGGUCAGAAAAGGAAACAGACUCUGACCGCAGCAGAUGAACCAGAGUCUAAGAUGAACAAGACAGAGAGCGCAGGUGGAGAGACCGCUGAAGAACCAGCAGAGAACAACGCAACCAAAGCCCCGGCUGAUGGAGAGAAAGUGGUGUCGAUGCAGGAGGAGAUCUCUCAGAUGAAGAAGAAGCUCCAGACAGGGAAACAGACUYCUCCCCAGGACAAGGUCCCCAAAAACAGGAGGAAGAGGGGCGGCUUCCUGGAAAGGGUGACGUUUGCGUGCUCGGUGUGUAAGUUCCGUUCAUUCUACCACGAGGACAUGGCAGCCCUGGAGAGCAAGUUCCACAAAGAUCACUUCAAGUUCCUGUCCAGUCAGCUGUCCAAACCCACCACAGACUUCUUACAGGAGUACCUGAAUAACAAGUAUAAGAAGACAGAGCAGAGGACCAGUCAGAUGGAGAACCACUGUGCUGCUAUCUGUCAAGUCUACAAGGAACAGGACCUCACCAGGCGUAAGGACAGCAGUGUGUUUGUGGUGUCUACCAGGGUUUCCGUUAGUCCACUAAUAGAGGCUAUUGCCCCCCCCCCUCCCCAGGAGAAAACAAAGAAUUCAUUACCCCAGGGUAUGAUGGAGCAGUCUAAGAGGGCCAGUCUGUCAGUGGCUCGCAGCAUCCUCAACCACAAAAUCAUCGGAAAGAAGCUGGAGAGUUACCUCAAGGGUGAGAACCCCUUCCUCGGUAACCAGGACGACCAGGACCCAGAGGACUCAAUGAUUAUGGAGGUGUCAGAGGCUGAGCUGACCAAUGAGAGCCUGGCGGAGACCACCAAGGAAGAGGCGGGGCCAGAGACAUCGCAGGCGGCCACCGGGGCUGAUGGGGUAGAGGAGGAGAAGAUGGAGGAGGGAGGAGUGGCGGUAGCAGACGGAGGGGAGGAGGAGGCGCAAGUAGAGAAGCUAGCGGGAGGAGAGGGGGAGACGCAGGGUGAGGGGGAAACGCAGGGUGAGGCUGAGGGAGAGCUGGAGCAGGGAGGAGAGGAAGAGGAGGACGGGUUUGAAGUUGGAGAUGAGUUUGGAGAGGAGGAUGAGGGAGUGGAAGGAGAGCUGGGAGAGGAAGAGGAGGAUGAAGGAGUGGGAGGAGAGGAUGAGGGUGUGGCGGUAGAGAAGAAAGACGAGGAUGCUGACGUGGUCGUCAUAGAGUGACCUUUACCCUCAAUGACCCUUUGACCUCCCUCUGGACCAAUUAAUACAGCCCUCUCUCCCCUGUCCAGCCAAUCCCACUCUACCCCUCCAACAAACAGCCAAUCAGAUUCAUUUAUACUUACUGUACAUCCCGCCCUCCUCCAUUCAGAACCGAGACUCACUAAUAUGCUUCUGAUACGUCUGUUUUCAUAUAUACUUUCUCUUCUGUGUAAGUAGACUUUUUUUUGUUGUGCCUUUGAAUCUGUCGGGCUACGUUGGGAUAUUUUGACCAUGUUUCAGUGGGUAGAGGACCGUGAACUUAGUGUUAUUGAUAUGACACACCCCCUACCUGGUAUUACUCCUGGACCCACUCCCUGUCCGUCAUAGCUAGAUUCCUAGGAAGUGCGAGCGGAUUGYUUCGUCUCUUAUCGACUCCUCCCAAACGUGSAAAACUUAUUUGAAAUGUAUUUGUUGGUGUGUUUAGAUUGAAAGACGGGGCAGGAUUUAGUUUUACAGAUGGUUACUGUUGUCAUCCAUGUUCUUUUUUGGACAGAUGAGAAUAAAUGUUUAAAAUGUU